AUGUUUCCUACCGCCAGGUGUCUGGCCGCUAAGCCCUCGGGGUUCAUCAAACGCAGCGCAGAGGAGCUCAGUCGCCUAUCGAAAAUCGCAUGGAAUUCGGAAGGUCUUCACACGCCCACCAAGCCUUUCUCCCUACUCGAUUUCGAAGAUGACGCGACGGUCGCGGGUUGCAAGACGAUGGCCGACCGUGCGGUAGGAGGCCACAGUACUGCCAGUCUCGACUACGUGCCUGAGGAUCCGUCUUCGAACUCCCCAGCUCAUGCUCGAUUCCAUGGAAGCAUCUCGACAAAACUUCCGAAUAACUGGAGGAUUGAGAGGACUGGAUACGCAGCAUUUCGCAACAGAGAUCGGGGCCUCUGGCUUUUUGGACGAUUGUUCUGGGAUGUUGACCCCUACUCUUACCUCGCUUUGCGUGUCAAGUCCGACGGUCGGCGGUAUACCGUGAAUAUCCAGACCGAUUCGAUUGUCGAGACAGACAUCCACCAGCACAGACUGUACACAAAACACCACCGCAUUAACAAACCCUCUCGUUACAAUGACCAUCUUUCGCCACAUGCAGCGGUUGAGGCAUCCGAGUCGCCGGAACUCGCGGAGACACUGUAUCCGAGUGGAAUCCCCCCUGCCCUUUCUGAGAUUCCCCCAGAGUCGACCAUCAUGUCCUCCGCUAGCGCGACUACGUCCGGUUCAACAGGAUGGGAAACGAUCCUCCUGCCGUUUAACUCUUUCGUCCGUACCAACCAUGGGCUUGUCGUUGAGCCGCAGACCUCUUUGCUCCGUCAGCGGGUGAAGAGUAUUGGCAUUGGUAUUACGGACCGAGUUGAGGGUGCAUACGACCUGCGAAUCCACCGCAUCUGGGCUACAAAUGGAAUGAGCGAGGGAGAAAUUGAGGAGGAAAGACGGAUCUGCGGUGCUGACGCACUGCCUGUUGACGAGGGCGUCAUGUCUGGCUGGACCAAGGAAGCCCAGGAUGGCAACUCGAAGAAAGCGGAUGGACAAAGAGAACCCAAAGAGAAGGGUCUCAAAGGUCUGCGCUCUGAGUGGGAUUAG